AUGGUCCUCUCCUUGGUCGUUGCGCUGAUAACGUGCCCGGCAAUGCUGGCGACGGCCGAAGCGAUCCGUCAGGGCCAGUCAAAGGAUAGACGAGAAGAACAUCGCGCGCGACGAUGCAAUCUGGUCGCGACAUGCGUCAAGGCGUCGAGCAGAAGUCAAGAGAUUGAUGGUCGCCGGAUCGUCUUGCGAAAUCACAAAAUGACCGUCCAGCUCUACGUCGACAAGCCCGUCGCAAAGUCAAAAGAUCUCUACAGUGACUAUGAUCAUGACGACAACGACCAGCAAUAUGAACAAAGUGCAGAUACAUCGCCCUUCGGACAUCCUUUCGCUGGAUAUUUCCUCCCAUACCCCGAUGCAAAGUAUGAAGGCCUCGUAUCGACAAUCUCCGAUGACCCGCCCAUGUUGAACUGGAUCUACAUCGACAAGCACACGUACGAAGUCAAGUAUGGUCUGCGGGUGGACGCUCAACCCAAUAUGACAGGGCCGUGGGACUGCACAAGGCAAGAUCGCCGAAUGACUCUGGACGGAUGGGAAGGUUUUGUGGUCGUGGAGGAAGAGCGCGGGUUAUGGGCGCUAUAUUUCGAUUGCGACGAUGACGGCCUGCGAGCAAAGGUUCCUGAGGGAACCAGAAUAUUGGAAGUCGAGUUGUGGAGGAGGGAGAAGAGAUGGAAAAAGGACCUGGUUCUGCGACAGCAAGAACAGGGAAGACAAACCACUUGA